AUGGCAAACGAUCGGUGGAGUGUCGUCCAGUGUCACCAUCGGUCCAACAUCACGCUGUUCGUGUUUGUUUUGCUAGCGCUCACUGUACUGGUGACGCUGGCUGUAACACUCACAACACAUCAUCACGGUACCGCCACGACGGUAGUGCAGCCCCUGAACGAUGCACCGCUGCUCGAGUGCAUCGUUACCUUCGACCGUGGCGUGGGGAUUGGAAUGCGCAGACAAACGUUCACCGAUCGACGAUACUGUGCCUACGAGGGUAUACCGUAUGUAGAGCCACCGGUUGGCGCACGACGGUUUGAGGAUCCACAGCCGUACCGCUUCCAGGGAACACGAUUGUACUGGAAUGUGUCGAAGGCCUGUCCCCAGGCCUAUGCAGCGCAUAUCGAUCCACUGGCGACGAGCGAGGAUUGUCUGUAUCUGAACGUGUACACCGGAACUGGAGUGGCGGUGCGGGAGGUCGAUUCCAAUGGCACACUGUGGCCGGUGCUGCUGUGGGUGCACGGCGGUUCGUUCGUGGUGGGAUCCUCCGAAACGGACAUCUUUGGACCGGAGUUCUUCAUCGAUAAGAGCAUCAUCGUGGUAACGUUCAACUAUAGGCUCGGUGCCCUUGGCUUCCUGUCGCUACCCGAUCUCGGCAUUAACGCCAAUCUCGGUCUGCUGGAUCAGCUGGAAGCGCUGCGUUGGGUCGGACGCAACAUUGUGUCCUUCGGUGGCGACCCGAACCGGGUGUCGCUGUGCGGUUGGAGUGCUGGUGGGGCGUCCGUCUCCUAUCAUCUUUACUCCCGUGCCGCUCAUGGACUCUUUCAACGAGCGAUUAUCAUGAGCGGCACCAUGACCCAGUCCUGGGCCUACGAUUACGAUCCGGAUCGGUGCGGCCGGGAGUUCCUGCGUGCGAACGAUGCGGUACGGGUGGAGCAGCUCCGUUCCGAUCACCACCGUACCCUCGACCAGCUGAUGACGUUCGGCCGUUCGUUUCACAUUGACUUCUUCUCGCUGUACUACUACUGCUUCCUGCCAACCGAUGAUAGCCAGCGGGCAACGGAAGCGACAACCGUACCGUCGUGUACGGAUCGUGUGCGCUUCGUCGGUCAGGAUCCGUUCGCCACGGUGCGUACGGUCAGUCCCGUGAGCGAUGUGCCACUGCUGGUCGGUUACACCGAGCUCGAGCACGGUAAUCUUUAUCUCGAGCGCGAUUUCAGUGUCACCACGCGCACCAACUUCCCCAACACGAAUGGCACCAUUUUUGAGCGGCUCGAGCGGUACCUCGAGAGGGAACGGUGGGCGUGGGAGCUUGGGUUGAACCGCAACCGGAGCACCGGCCACCACCAGCAACAGCCACGCCGGAUGACGGACAGUACGUUCUACCGGGAGCUGGCGGCGGUCGCCGACAUCAUCUACGGGAUACAGUACUUCAUCCGGUACGCGAGCAACCGGAUGCGGUCACCGGUGUACCGCUAUCUGUUCGCGUACGAUGGUGCGUUCGGGUACGCCAAACACUACUACUACCGGAACCAGAUAUCACGCCAACCCGGACCGAUGCACGGUGACGAUCUGGGUUAUCUCUUCACGCCCUACCUCUACCGGCGACCAACACCACCGGCAAACGUGGAGGAGGCUGGCGGAAUCAAUGGCGGACACAUCACCACGACGCAGUCCGGCCGUUAUCGGACCGAACGGCGUGUCCAGCGUCGCAUGGUGGCGCUCUGGUCCAACUUUAUCAAGUACGGCAAUCCAACGCCCGAACCUCACCGGAAGAAACCACGGGCCAUCCGCUGGCAGCCGUACAAUGAUGUGUCGCGAGGCCGUCACUACCUUCGAAUCGAUCAGCGAUUGCAGCUACUGCCGGAAGCGGAUACCGAGAACCCGUUCCAUAUUAUUUGGGAUCGUGUGUUUCGCUGUUUGUACGAGUUUUCCUGCGAGUUCCUGAACGAGUAUGGCGAGACGCUCGAUACGACUGGUGGCGACGGCUCCUCGGAAGAAACCGGUUACAGCGGACAUGGUGACGAUGUACGUGACGAUGACGAAUGAGAGGAAGGUAUAUGUUACGCGGCAUAAGCUAUGUGCACCGCGAAAAGGAUCAAGAGCAACCUGCUUGAAGGGUGGAAUUUCUCUUCAAUUUUCGGUUCAACCUAACAUACUAAAAUUAAGAUUUUGUUAGCAUCCUUGCGCCCUUUUCAAUCGUUUUCAAAAUAAAGGGAUCAUUCCCCACAAAGUGACAAAGGGCAGAGGACGAGGAAGUCAAAGAAUCACAAAACACCUUCCCCUAGCAGUGGCAUCACGUAUUCGCAAUGCCCACAACUGUCGCCGAUACACGAGCAAGAAGUAAAUAAUGAAGUGUCUCCGUUUCCGCGCGUGUGUGUGUGUGCACACGCCC